AUGGCAACAGCAAUUGAUAUCACAUCAUCAAAUAUACAAAUUCCAGUUGUCAAUAAAAAACGACGAUUAUGUACGAUAAUCAAAACUAGUGUGGCCUUAUUAAUUAUUGCAGCAGGUUUGACUCCAACAAUAAUUAGAUUAAGACGAAAAACAAAUACGACAACUGAAUCUAUGAUGAAUACAACUGUAUCGUUCACAACAACAACAGUACCAACUGACAUAACAUCAUUAAUUACAAAAGAAAACAAUCCAACAACAUCAGUGUCUUUGGCAACCCUAUCAUCAACUACAUCAUCAACGACAUCAUCAACCACAUCAUCAACGACAUCAACAACUACAACAGUAACGACAUCAACUACCAAACCAUUUGUUUUACAAAUAUUUCAACGAACAAACGAAGUCGUCUAUCCUAUAUGGAGUACAACAUUAGGUCGUGACAGCUCACGAUCUUCACCCGGCGACAAAACAGGUACAUAUUGGCCUAGCCAAGCACCUGAAGCUGCAUUAGAUGGUAAUUUAAGUUCAGAAUAUUGCAAUUAUGGGCUCUGUAAUGCAUCUGGUCCACUACAAGAUGGAUGCGGAAUACAAACUGGUUUCUAUAUAACAUUCAAAAGUAAACCGUUUAUUCUCGUGAAGUUUCGUAUAGCUACAAGCAAAAAUUCUGGAUCUAGAGAUCCAACCCAAAUUACAAUUGAAGGUAGCAACAUUGAAGAGUCGGAUUUAAUUUUUGGAAAAAGUUGGAUUAAGAUUUAUAAUGGUGCUUCAGGUCUCGCGACUAAAGAUCCAGGAAGACAAAAGUAUGGUAAUAAUCAAACAAUAACCAAUAAUUCGUUGUCAUUUGAAAGCUAUCGUAUUCUCAUCACUUCAAAAAGAGGUAGAGAGUAUUGUGUCGCUUACUCAGAAUUUGAGAUGACAGGACGAUUUUCCGAUUAA